AGGUCUGAUAAGGCGUUGACAAGGGAGCGGCCAGAGGUUCCACAUUAAUCUCACUUUCUGUAUCCGUCACAUUCAGGCAGCAUUAACAGAAUAAGGGGCUAGGAGGGAAGAGUUAUUCAAAAAAACAUAUUAAAUCAGCAAGGACAGAGGAAACACAGUAAACUGACGACAGGAUUACAGUCACCAUGGUUACACUGGAUUUGGGGACACUGAUGGUGCCCGUGGGCAUUGUGCGGAUACUGGAGAUGAUCUUCACCUGUAUCUCCUUCAGCUUGGUGGCGUCAGUGGGCCACAGCACCAACUCCUUCUGGACAUGGUGCAUGUUCACCUGGUGCUUCUGCUUCUGCGUCACCUUCCUCAUACUCUUCCUGGAAUUCACCAGUCUUAGCAAAAAGUUGCCCAUCGCCUGGGAUGACUUCACUACUGCUUUUGCCAUGCUGGCUACUCUAAUGGUGCUGGCAGCAUCCAUCAUCUAUGCCAUCUUCUUCACUUGCUCUAGCUGCGGUAAACAGAUUGGUGCCACUGUUACUUCCUUUCUGGCCUUCAUCCUGUACGCCAUUGAGGUUGGGCUGACCCGCGCAAAACCUGGAGAAAUUAGUGGAUUUCUUAGCACAGUCCCAGGCCUCCUCAAGGUUCUGGAGGCCUUCGUGGCCUGCAUAAUCUUCAUCUGUUUGGACUACAACCAGUUCUAUAAUUUUCCAGGACUCCAAUGGUGUGUCGCUGUCUACUCCAUCUGCUUCAUUUUUGCCCUCCUUGUCAUUAUUUUUACCAUCUGCCGCCUUCUGUCUCUCUUCCCAGCACCAUUUGACAAAGUUCUGACUGGUUGCAAUGUGUUGGCAGUAUUGAUGUACAUCACAGCUGCGGUCAUCUGGCCAUUGUACAGCUUCAAGAACAAUCCCAGACCUAGCUACUGCUCGAAAGGGGUUUUUUGUCUAUGGGAUAAUUUAGCGGUUAUCUCUUUCAUGACCUGUGUCAACCUAGUUGCUUACAUUGUGGAUACAGUUUAUUCUUUUAGACUGGUCUUCUUCAUCAGCAGAACAUAGGUUGCAAAUGCUCCUGAUAUACAAAUACUACUUACUUUAGUUGUUGGUUAUCUUCAAUCUCAGAGAUUGAUCAUGAUUACUUUUAUAACAUAUUUUAUUUCAACUUUUUUUUCAUAAUGAACCCAGCAUGCCAGCAAGAGGGUAACUUCUUUCUGUCGUGAUGAUGACAUGAAAAAACGAUGGCUCUUUCCAGUUUUAAACUUCAGGAAGAUAUAAACCCCAGGUUUUUUCUUUCCCUUUGUCUUCCUCCAUGAGUUUUAUCCGAUCCUUAUUAAUACUCUUAGUUUGAUACAGCGUUGAUACAACAGAGUCAGGCUCAGCAGCAAAUUCGUUUGGUGCGUGUCCACAUAUGAAGUAUGAAUAAAAUAUAAGAAAAGUGAGAGGUCAUUGUGCAUCCUUACAUCACCAUUGAUGUCAAAAUUUGUUUUUUUCAGCAUCUCAGUAACAAAUUACAAUUACAAAUUUCAUCGUUUUUUGAAGCAAAAAUACUUUUGAAAUGAGAUGAUAUGCUACAUUUCUUUGUCAUUUAUCACUGUACACUGAAUAUGCUUGGAUUUUGGACUUUGGGUGGAACAAAACAAGACAUUUGAAGACCUCAUCUUGGGCUCUGGGAAGUUGUGAUGGGCACUAUUUUUUAAACUUUUUUUACCACAUCAUACACUUCGCACCAUACACUACACAAUUAAUUGCUUAGUGAAAUAAUAAUUGUCAGACUAUAAGGAAAAUUUUUUUUAGUUGCAAUCCUAGCAUGAAGUAACAUUGGCACUGAUAUUAUUUAAAUGGGUUUAAAGUAUCAACAAACCUCUUUCUGUCACAAAAUGUAUUCUCCCUUCUAGGUUGCCACAUUCAAUAAUGAAAGGAAAAAACAGAGAACAGAGGUGGCUGAUAUAUUUGUAUGUUCAGUCUUUUUCUAACAAUAUAGCAAAGGCAAGUGAGUAAUUGUCAGGACUGGAAACCUAGUUUGCUUAUCUUAGUAAUAUCAGUGAUAACAACGUGCGUUGUUGGAAGUGACAUAAACUUUGACCAGUCCAGGUAUUACUGCUCUCCACAAAGUGAAAAGAACCAAGAACUCAGGAGUGGAUAUUAUAACAAUCCUGUAGAACCAGAGGAAAAGGAAAGAAAAGACAGAGAGGGAUAGAGAGGAAGAACAAAUAAAUCCUGCCUCAAUUUUUAAAGUUUUUCAUCGUUGCUCUUUGUACAAAAAGGGGGGUUUCAUAAUACAUACAUUUUGCUUUUAUUUGUGCGCAAUGUAAACACUGAUGUAAUGACAUAUGAUCACAAGGCUAAAGUAAAUACACUGAAACAUCUUAUUCUAGUUUGUCUGUUUUCUCUGAGGGCAGAUUUUAAAAAUGGUUUUGUUUAAGUUAUAAAUGUUCACUUUUCUUUUGCACCUGACAUUACCUGUAUUCCAUAAUAUGCUUAAAAGAAAUCCAUCCUCCAAACUCUACCGUUUGUCUGACCCAGAAACAAUAAAUCAAGUGAACACAGUGACAGGACAAGAGCUUUUUUCCUUAGGAUGUGACCCACACCCCUCAUUGUUGCACUGAGGAUCAGAGUCCAGCUGGUGUGUCGUGAGGUGAAUAUGAUAAAACCCAAACACUACUCAAUUAGUGGAGUGACACAGGGGCUAUAAACUGCACAGAUAAGCCCGGGAUGCUCUGUUUGAAUAUACACCACCACACUUGAGUUUCAGUUUCAGAGAACACACUUGC